UUUGGACUUGGCCUGCCACAUCUGUCAUUUUAUGUCUGUCAAAAAGGGAAAAACUAACCUCAAAAAUAAAGCUCAAAAGUCCCAUGUUUCAUAAGUUUCUGAAAAGUUCAAUUUCUAAUUUUCUAAAAAAACUCCAUUGAAUAAAAAUGUCUUGGAUAUUCGGCUAUGGACGAAAUAAGGAUCAAGGUCCUGACUUGGCCCAGAUGGGCUUAGGGACGCCGGCUGGUGCCGGUGGAGCUGGCGACAGCGGGGCCCCCAACGAACCCAGCAAUCUCUCCAGAGCGGAAAGGCGACAAAUGGAGGCCUACCGUUUCGAUUCUACUGCUUUGGAACGAGCCGCCCAAGCGGCCAAGGAUUUGGAAAAAUCAACGGAAACAUCUGUUGUAGAGGGCGAUGAUGACGCAUGUGUUGAUCUCGGCGAUGAAAAUGGAACCGUCAAUAUCAAAAAUUUGGAAGCUCUUUUUAGCAAAUAUUUUACGCCAUUUCGUCAGGAGGUUGAUGUUAAACUCUGCUCGAUUCAGCAAAGACUUGACUUGUUGGUUGCCGAAAAUAUGAGUCUGAAGGAUGAAAAUACCUUACUUAAUACCAAGGUUAGCAAGCUUGAAUCUGAUGUGGCCUCUCUCAAGGGCCACCAGGUGUCAGUGAUGCCUUCUGAUAACUUGGAGGGUGUUGUCUCAGAAUUGAACGAUCGACAGACUAGGCUGAGAAAUGUUAUGAUUUUUGGACAAAAGGAGGCACAAUCCCAGGAAACAGACGAACGCUCUGAGCUUGAUUUGGGCAUUGUGAAAGACAUAGUCAAUGUGACAUGCCCAGAUAAUCCUGUUACCAUCACAAAGGUUUUUCGACUGGGACGUAUUAACAAUGAAAGGCCAAGACCAAUUAAGGUCGUCUUCUCUACACAGCAAGAUGCGCUUACAGUAAUCCAGGGUUCAAAACGUUUAAAAGAACACGCCAAAGAAGCCUUAGAGUUAUCCAAACUCCAAGAAUCCACUAGACAAGUGGAACAACAAGCCAAAAUCAAGGAAUAUGAAGCGCACAUCGCACAAAUACAAAUCGAAGGCAAACGCGCUGAAGCAGAGGAGAAACGGAAAUUGCUCCAAGAAGAAACCAGGCAGCAUCAAGCCAGAGCUCAAUACCAGGAUCAAUUAUCCAGGAAACGUUAUGACGAUCAAUUGUCUCAGCAGCAAAGGAUGAACGAUGAGAAUUUGAGAAGGCAGGAAGAAUCAGUGGCCAAACAAGAGGCAAUGCGUAAAGCUACAAUCGAACAUGAGAUGGGUCUGAGACAUCAAAACGAAAUGAAGAAAGUGGAAGCUGAACUGAGGGCUAAAGCUAAAGUUGACAGGGAGAAUAGGGAUUUGACUUUGGAGCAAAUCAGAUUGAAGGCUCAGGAAAAUCGAGUUACUGUUUUAGAGAGUAUCAAAACUGCAGGUACUGUUAUUGGAGCUGGAGCUCAAGCAAUGCUAACAGAUUGGAAUAAAGUUCUAACAGCUGCCGGUGGCCUGUCUUUACUGGCUCUAGGUGUAUAUUCAGCUAAAGGUGGCACCUCUAUAACUGCCAGAUAUAUUGAGUCAAGAUUAGCAGCCAAACACCCAAUCGAAACACUAAAAAGGCUUAAAAACAAAGAAGGCGAUGUGUUGCAAGGGGUAGUUUUAGCUCCUAAAUUAGAAGAAAGGCUCAGAGACAUUGCCAUAGCUACGAAAAAUACAAAAUACAACAAGGGUAUGUAUAGGAAUAUUUUAAUGCACGGACCACCUGGUACUGGAAAGACUAUGUUUACCAAGAAACUAGCCAAACACUCUGGCAUGGACUAUGCAAUUCUGACAGGAGGUGACAUAGCUCCUAUGGGUAAAGACGGAGUCACAGCCAUUCACAAAGUAUUUGAUUGGGCAAACAGCUCUAGAAAAGGUCUGUUGCUGUUUAUUGACGAAGCCGAUGCGUUUUUAAGAAAACGGUCCUCAGAAAAUAUUUCUGAAGAUUUGAGAGCAACUUUGAAUGCCUUUUUGUACAGAACUGGAGAGCAAAGUAACAAAUUUAUGUUGGUUUUGGCAUCAAACACACCAGAACAAUUUGAUUGGGCCGUCAAUGACCGUCUCGACGAAAUGGUAGAGUUUAUUUUGCCUGGAUUGGCAGAAAGGGAAAGAUUAAUUAGAUUGUAUUUUCAAAAACGGUUGAAGGUAGAUAACUUCGACUACAGUGCCCUAUGUACCAAGAUGGCUGAAAUGACAGAUGGUAUGUCAGGUAGAGAGAUUGCUAAGUUAGGCGUGGCCUGGCAGGCAGCUGCAUAUGCUUCCACAGAUGGAGUGUUAACUGAAAAAAUGGUUUUGGAUAUUGUACAGGAUCAUGUUAGGCAGCAUAGACAAAAGGUUGAAUGGCAAUCUGAACAAGAAAGACGCGAAUCCAAAAGCAUAUACCAUUCUGAGAAAGAAGAUUCCUAUAUUCCUGUGCAACCAAAAGCUAUAGAAUACAAACAACCAUUGGCCAUCGAAUAUCCACCAAGUUCAGAAACAAAAUCCUCUUCAGAAAGGAGUAGUAGCAAAACUAAAAGUGAUCCGUCAAGCAAAAAGAAAUAGACUGAUAACACUUAUUUUUCUAGGUUAUAUUUAGCAUUUAAGUUUUCUCCUUCCCCCAGUGAAAAAGCAGACUUGGCUGGAUCUUACAUAAGCUUGCUUUUUACACAUGUAUUUUUAAGGCAGAAAACGUGUAAAAAUCUGAAGAUACACACAAUCUCAAAAGACUAAAGAGUGGCAUUUGUAUUGUUGUUUUUUUUAAAUGGAACUCUUUCUUUAACCCUUCUUAGACGAAAUUAGUCCUUCGAAAAAAUCUUAAUUUACAAAAUAAAUAAAGAUAUAUUUAUUGUGAUAUUUUUGGGCGCAACUCAGGGAAUGUUUGUUCAAUUUUGUGUUCCUCCAGCGUCCAUUUUUAUAGAGUAAUUUUCUUGUUAUUAUUUUGUUAUCUCUAAAAUUGCAAAGAUGUAAAAAAAAUCAGAAAAUAAAUUAUUGUAAAACAAGUAUGUAUGUUUCUA